CUGUCUCCAUCAACGGCAUUCUAGACUCAAAUGCGAUAUACGUCCCGGGUUGACAAUAGGAACCAUUCUUACAGCAGCCCCGGGCGCAGCCGCCGCCAGUGAUGAUCCAUCGCGUACGCAUUUUUGUGUGUGCCUUGUGUCGCUACCCUGGACUAGAUGAGUCGGGUUGCUCCCAUCGCUUUUGCGUGCUAGAGCCUGCUUCAGGGACAAAGUUUAACUAGGUUGUUGAUUUCUCGACGACAUCUCAUGUGAAUAUUCUUGGAGAUUCCAGUUCUGUCACUUUUUAAACAAUCGAGACGGCCGGCACCGUUUGCUGCGCUCAACCCCUCCAGUGUAUCAUCACGUCUACGUUUGUCAAGAUGGCCUCCACUGCAACAGGUUCACAACCAACUGCCACCAGUACUGAUCAUAACGGAGAUGAUAGUAGCUCAAGCCCCACAAGUUCACCCCUCUUAUUCUUCGUUGCCCUUGGUUUUGGUGUUGUAUUCACGAACCUAUGGAUUAUUGUUGGAGUAAAGUAUUGCUUCCGAUAUAAUCAGCGAAACCGCCAACUACGCAAUGAGGAAACGGGCGAACCGAUAGAUUUAGUAACCAUGCCUCGAACACAUAGGAGAAGGAGGGAAAAAAAGUUGAUGAGUAUGGAUCAAGUUAACGAACGGUUUCCACUUGUCAAAUACAAAGCGUGGAGAUCUUCGCGCGCGAAUGAAGGCCUUCCAACCGCAGGCGGAAUAUCGGCACCGAAUAGCAGGCCCCAGAGCUUGAAAGGUGAACAUGAUAUUCUAUCUACCACGGUUGGGGCACCCUCUUCCACAACAAAUUCACCAAUAAAAGGCCACCGUCGAUGUAAUUCGACCACAUCGCAGUCAUCUAUACCAGUUGAACAUGCACCGACGGCCUUAGUGCAACCGCAAGAGAAGGAGAACGCCGACCAAGCAUUUGCUGUAGUAGCUGAUGGCACCCAAGACUCAGACACAAAACAGUUACAGAACUGCAAUUCACUUGAGGGUGACGAGGACGUUAAUAACCAAAUUCGCACCGCAGUACCAGCGGAACUUUUACCCAAUCCAGGCGAUUCGUGUGCAAUUUGCCUUGAUACAAUCGAAGAUGACGAUGACAUACGUGGGCUUACAUGUGGUCAUGCUUUCCAUGCAUCCUGUGUCGACCCGUGGUUAACGAGUCGAAGAGCCUGUUGUCCCUUGUGCAAGGCCGAUUACUAUGUUCCAAAGCCUCGCUCUGAUCCUGGCGGACAAACACCUAAUCCAGAACGCUCAGGCCGUCGCAACACAACACGAUUGGCCGUUCCUACACAACCACAAUCAGUAUUUAUAGGAGGACGUGUCAACCCAUUUCGGAAUCCCCUAGCUAUACCAGAGCGACAGGCUCCACCUAGAAAUGAAACCCAGUCGUCCCGGCUAACUGCACCGCGUCUUUGGCGAAUACAAGAUCACCACUCUGGGCCUCCUAGUAACCUGUCAAGCUCAGCUCCAGAGCCUUCGGACCGGCGAGAUUGGAGGACUAGACUUACGCCUAUUAGGUCGUUGAACCUUUCUUUUCUAUCCUUUUCCGCUCGGAAUCAAUAUUCAAGGGAGAGCAUGCCGCAACCGACGGACACUGCACACCCUGCGGCCGAUCGGACACCUAGCCAACUGGAAGCCCAGUCUGGUGCAUGAGCAGCUUCAUGAAUUAUGUUUCGCGGUUACCCUACCCAGUUCACGUCAAACGUUGCCCUUCCUCACUUCAUGGCAUCUGGAAUGCCACUUGGCAACGGCACGAUUAUUUACAGCGUGCAAGAUCACGCAAAGACAUAAAUAUCAUUUUGUAUAAUACGUUGAAGUACCUCACCAUUCGAAAGACAACUUCGUCUUACAUAAGAAGGAUGUGUGAAGUUCUUGUCUAGGCAUCUGCAUUUCUUCUAAGCUGUUGGCUUAAUAGCUUAGGUCCUCAUGAAAGUUAUUACCCGUGGCGUGGCGUUGAUGGCGCAAUGGUUCCAAGGCAUUUCAGAUUUUCGGGUUUAGGCAAGGCAGUUGGUUAGGUAUUUAUCGGGGAAGCGUUGCAGUUGGUAUGGGUUUUUGCAAUUUAGGCCUGCUCUCUCUCUUUCCCGACCCCCGAUUGUUUAUUCCUACUUGUCCUAAUGUACAUCGUGAUGAUGAGAUUACUAUAUUUGCAAUGCACAUACCAGGAAAACAAAGUUUCGUAUUUUA